AUGAGCGCAUCACGCAAUAUCUACAAGGAUGAUAUCGACUUCACCGCCCUUGCCCUGCAGUCCCCGGAUUUCGCAAAGUAUCUGAAAUCCAACGGACAGUUGGACUUUACCGACCCCGAUGCCGUGAGGCAAUUGACCAAAAGUCUGUUACGGCGAGAUUUUGACCUGAAGGUGGACAUCCCUGACAAGAGACUUUGCCCGCCGGUUCCGAACAGGCUGAACUAUAUCCUCUGGCUGCAAGACCUCCUCGAUACCACGGGAGAUAAGUACCAGGACAGCUACGACGCCGAUCGAAAAGUCGUCGGGCUUGACAUCGGGACAGGAUGUUGCAGUAUCUACCCUUUGUUAGGCUGCUCCAUGCGGCCUGGCUGGAGCUUUUUUGCUACUGAUAUUGACGAAGGCAAUAUCGAAUCGUCGCGAGCAAACGUGUCCGCCAAUGGGCUUGACUCGCGAAUCACGGUUGUUAGAACAACUUCAGAGGAGAGACUCAUCCCAUCGGACACGAAACUCAAAGUUGACAGACUAGACUUCACCAUGUGCAAUCCUCCCUUCUACGCCUCUCGGGAUGAGAUGGUAGCAUCUGCCGAAGCCAAGGACAGGCCACCCUUCUCGGCAUGCACAGGUGCAGAAGUCGAGAUGGUGACAGCAGGCGGAGAAAUCGCUUUCAUCUCCCGGAUGAUCGAAGAAAGUCUGCAGCUGCGCGACAAGGUGCUCUGGUACACGUCGAUGUGCGGAAAACUGAGCAGCAUCUCCGUCCUCAUCGAGAAGUUAGUUGGGCAUGGCAACAACAACUACGCCGUGACCGAGUUCGUCCAGGGCAACAAGACCAAACGAUGGGCCCUCGCCUGGUCAUGGACUGAUCUCCGUCCGACAGCGGCCGUAGCCCGAGGCAUCCCUACAACCCCAAAACACCUCCUUCCAUUUCCAUCCGAAUAUACCUUCACCGCCACGACCGACUCGAUCGAUGAGGUGGCCACGACCGUUGACGAAGAGCUCGGAGCACUACCCCUCCAGUGGCUCUGGCGUAAGAGCCUUGCCUCAGGCGUGGGCUUCGCGAUGCAGAACGUCUGGUCCCGUCAGGCCCGUCGCAAGUUGCGCAAUCCCGACGCGAUGGCCGACCAGCCCCCGGUCGAGGAAAGUAAAGCCGCUCUCGGUUUCAGGGUGCAGCUGAAGAAAGGGGUUAGCGACGACCAAGGGGUGAAGGUGAUCAUCCGGUGGAUCAAGGGAACAGACACUGUUCUCUUCGAGAGUUUCUGCGGCAUGCUAAAGCGUAAGAUCGACAGCAAGCAAUAA